CUCUUUUCCUAAAUGAUUUAUUUUACUUACAACUCUGUUUGGUUCGACCAGCAACGAAGCGACCAUUCUUUCAAUUGAUCCGUAUGAAUUACAAGUCUUAAAAUCUUUUCAACACCAUGACAUGUUGUGAAGGAAAGGUCUAAAAGAGUCAAAAGGUGAGAGAAACGUGGGAAAUAUUUCCGUAUGACCCCAUACCACUCUAAAGCGAAGCCUUACCAGUCCUAAAGACCACCAAUUUUUUUGCCAUUGUUUUCUUUUAUCCAUGCAUUUAAGCAGAAUGCAUAAUGAAGUGUGUGGUCAUGCAGAAAUCUUGCCGAAACGUGUAAAUUUUGGUGAUUCCUUUCGAAAUAUUGUUUUUUUGUGUGUAAAAAAAGCAAAUAAUUCAAGCUUUUAAUUUAAUUGGUUCGAACCACCGUUUUCCUUCUUUUGUUGAUCAGUUUUGACGAGUCCUUCAUACUCUUAUCCUCGCGAUUUUGAACCGUCAGCCGAACUUGCUCCGUCGGUAAUUGUUCGUCUGAGCUACGUGUAAAUAACUGAACAUGUACCUUUUGAGCCUUCUACGUUUCAUGGAACUUUUUUGAAGAUAGCAAACCUUCUUAACGAUAUUGCCAGGCCCAGAGAAAAGUCUAGGACCCCAUACUGAGUUGGACCAAUAAGAAAAAGAGCAAAUAAUAUUAAACCAAGGUAUACGUAGCCAUGGAGAGCUACAAGGUAAUCUUUUGGGCUUGUUCGCAAGAUAUAGCCUGGGUUGAGCUUACUUCGAAUUUUUAACAUCAUGAUGGAUAGGCAAUCAUCAGCACAGUUUAGCCUGUAUUGAGUGGUCACCCGUGACCACUUUAUAAAGAUGAAACUGACAGUGAUUAAAGGGAAACAUAUUUGGGACUUUCACCGCCAGCUGCUUGACACAGGGUGACUGCUUGAUACAGGGUGACUGCUUGAUACAGGGUGACUGCUUGAUACAUGGUGACUGCUUGAUACAGGGUGACUGCUUAAUACGGUGUUGCUGCAGGUGAUUCUUUAGGAAAAAAACAAUUGGACUAUUGAACUCUCCUUAAAUGUUCCUUACAAUGUCUGUUCUGAAAAAUACAAUAAAAAAGAUGGGUCACCAUGCUUCUUUAGGAGAUGUUAUGGGCCAAACUUACCCUAUUUAUGCCUAGUACCUGGCAUAAUCACGUGUGUCAUUUCACUGGUUCAUGGUACAUUUUGCUGUAGCUGGAAGUAAGGGUCUUUAGAGUAACACUUGAAAAAAAUUGAGAGCUGGAAAGUCUUGUGGGUAUUGAACAAUUUGAUAUACAAUUUGUGGGAAAAUCACGCAAAUUUAAUUUAUACAGAGAAAUACUGAGGAAUUACCUUAACAUAGGUUUUGACUGUAAGAUGAUAUUUUUUAUGCUCAUAAUCUAAAAUGCUCAAAUUAAAUACUCUACUCAAACCUUCUGAGAUGGAAAUUUAAUUUUUUCUGGGAUUUUAAUAAGUAAGGGGUUUUGGGGAAUUAAUGUUGUCUUGGGGUUUUAUUUAUACCUGUAAUAUUAUCCCUAAAUAUUUAGCAGCAGUUAUAGAUUAUUUCCUUGAAACUGUCAUCAUCAGCAUUACCAUGUUAAUCAGUUACUGUUAAACAUACAAUUCACCAACUCAAUGAGUCAUGUAUUGUCAGUGGUUUAAUGCAUGCGCAUUAAAGUGAGGUGGGGGAGUUCUUGUUGGGGUUUGCCAUAUUGUAUUGCAGUUGUUGUGUGUGUAAGAUUAUCCAGCCAAAUUUAACCCAUUUUGAAACCAUCGGAGGGUUUCUCAGUAUCUAACACUGGUGACAAGGAUGGGAUGGACUAACUAAUGAAGAAUGGCGGCAGUUAAUAUUGAAAUUCAAGGUGUAGCUCCUUUUGAUUGCAAAGAUAAUUCAUCUGCAUUGGGACUAUGUUGGAAGAAAUGGCUUCAAUCAUUUCAAUACUUUCUUGUGGCCAAAGGAGUGGUGAACGAUGCCCAAGAAGACUUUGUUACUUCACACCACAGGAAUAGAGGUUCAGGAGUUGCACGAAAUGCUCAAUGAUCCAGGCCUGAUGAAAGAAUUUGAAGAGGGUACGGCUACCAAUUUUGAGAAAGUGGUACAUACUCUGAAUGCGUAUUUUGUCGCCAAGCAUAGUGAACCAUAUGAGCGACAUGUAUUCAGGAGCAUGGCUCAACAGGAGAGAGACAGUCAGCCUAGCAUAGCUAGGCUUAGGAAGCAAGCACAAAAGUGUAAUUAUGUAAAUUCAGAUUUUGACAUCAGGGAUCAAGUUAUUGAUAAAUGUUGAUCAGCAGAAUUAAGAAAAAAAUUGUUGGCAAAGGAGCAUCUUACUAUUCAGAAAGUGCAAGAGGUAGCUCGGUCGAUGGAAGCAGUUGACCUUCAGGCUACGAAAAUGGGAGCACAGGAUUCUCUAUCUUCAACACAGGAAUCCUUGGGAGUGAAUGAAGUUGUCUCAUUCCCUGAUUCAAGGCCCCCUAAACAGCAAAAAGAGAAGAAAAGGCUAGGCUGAUGCUACUGGUGUGGUCAAGAGGGACAUUUUAGCAAGGAUAAAAUUUGCCCAGCCCGUUUAAGUGUAUGCAUGAAGUGUAAGAAAGUGGGUCAUUAUGCAAGUGUAUGCCAGACAAAACCCAGCAAUGAUUCAACAACCGCAAACAAGUCAGUUGGUAGAAAGAGAGGGCCUGGAAAAACAAAAUACCUGGAAGUGGUCAAGGAGGAAACAGAGGAUGACGAAGUUCUGGGCAUUUUUGCAGUGAAAGAUUCUGGAAAAGAUGAACACAUUCUGAUUUUCAUGUCAGUGAUGUUGGAUCAUAAGAGUUGUAAAAUGCAAUUGGAUACCGGAGCCACAGUGUCUAUCUUACCUAAGGUCCUGUAUGAUCAGCAGUUUAACCAAUGGCCCUUACAUGGUACCAAGAUGAAGUUGAAGGCUUACAAUGGUGUCUGAAUUCCUGUCUAUGGGGAGGUUCAUUUGCCUGUGGUCUAUGAACAACAGGAACUGGUGCUACCUUUGAUUGUUGUGGAUGGAGAGGGCCCUCCACUGCUAGGCAGAAACUGGUUGGAGCAACUGAAGUUAAAUUGGCACAAUACCUGUCAUGUGAGCAAGGCUGACACUGUCUGAUGUUCUAAGUCGGCACAAAAUGUUAUUCAACAAGGGACUGGGAACCAUCAAAGAUUUUAUGGCAGAUAUAAAGUUGCAAGAUGGUGCGAACCGAUAUUCUGCAAAGCUGGUCCAGUUCCCUAUGCACUACGCAAAAAGGUGGAAGAAGAAUUAGACAAUUUGGAGAAGUUAGGAGUCAUAAAGAAGGUGGAACAGAGUGACUGGGCUUCUCCCAUUGUCUGCGUACCCAAGAAAGAUGGAAGUCUACGCAUCUGUGGUGAUUUCAAGGUGUUGGUGAACCAGGUCCUUCUAGACAACCCUUACCCACUGCUGGACAUGAAAGAUAUAUUUGCCACAUUAGGAAGUGGAACUGUGUUCAGCAAGAUUGAUUUGUCAAACACCUAUCAGCAAAUGGAACUGAACAUGAAAAGCCAACAAUACCAAACUGUGAAAGCUCACAAAGGAUUAUAUGCCCAUCAACAUCUAACCUAUGGUAUUGCCUCUGCCCCUGCACUCUUUCAGUCAACUGUGGAUCAGAUAUUACAGGGAAUGGACAAUGUGUGUUGUUGUAUUGAUGACAUCAUAAUCAGAACUGAUCCCCAUGAACACUUGCAAGUAUUAGAUGAGAUGUUGACCCAGCUGGAGAGGCAUGGCAUGUUAGCUAAGAAGUCUACGUGUGAGUUCAUGGUACCAAGUAUAGAGUUCCUAGGUUACCAUGUAGACAGGGAAGGCCGACUUGGUGAAUGUGCAAAAUACCCAGGGUGAGAUGGAGAUGUGGGUUUUAGGCACAGUGAUAAGAAGGUUGGGACCAUUGACCUACCUGGUGAGAGUUGGUCACCAACUAUGUUAUGUCCACAUUAAUCACCUCCUGCAGACAGAGCGUGUAAAUUGUGGAGAGGCUUUUGAGGAAGUGGUUCCUGGUUCCUGGUUCCUGUCAUCAGUUCCAUUGUCAGGAUUGAGUACACCACCAACAGUGUCAGGCUCGAGUACACCACCACCACCAAGUGUUGGUGUUUCAAUGACAACUCAAGACCAACCCACUGAGACUCAGAAACCUACAGCUGAACCAAUUCUUCAGUCCUCAACUCGAGACUCUCUAGCAGCUCAAGAGCCAGUUUCUAUGUCUCCAGAGCAGAUUCCUGUUGCAGUUCCAGAGCUUGAACUACCAUCUCCGGUGCAGCACCCAAGUGAGUCCAGUCCCAUAAGAGCUGAGCACAGAUACCCAGCCAGAGAGAGAAAAGCCCCCGAUAGGCUUAACUUGUGACUUAAAGAACAUUUUAAGGCUAAGAGCACUUUCUACUCUCAGUAGAUGUUUUGUUGAUAGUAGAAAGGUUAAGUUUGUUGUUACCAUGUAUUUUUGGUGUAACUCAGCAUUUGUGACACAUAUUUUAAAGGGGGAGGAAAUGUCAUGUAUUAUCAGUGGUUUAAUGAGUGUGCAUUAAAGUGAGGUGCUGGAGUUCUUGUUGGGGUUUGCCAUGUUGAAUUGCAGUUGUUGUGUGUGUAAGUUUAUCCAGCCAAAUCGAACCCAUUUGAAACCAUCUGAGGGUUUCUCAUUAUCUAACACAAUGAAUUACUGACUUCAUGAAAUCUAAGAACAAGAUCAAUCCAAGCACUUUCUGUUUUGCAAUUUCUCAGAAAAUAUAAUGCUGAUAGUGCCAGAAGUCAAGCAUGGCGAUUUCUUCAAAGAUGGUUAUGUAAAGUGAAGGAGGGUAGUCUGCUAUGGAGAGCCUGGAAAGUUUAAGCAAUGAUAAUGGAAGAACAACUGACCCUGAGUCUGGAAGAUGUGGAAAUGUAGAACAAGAAACAACAGAUGAUUGGAAUGGUGAAGUUGGAUUACUGAAGGAUGAUGAAAUGCUAUCUAACAGAGAAAUUCAUCUAAACAGUAAAGAGGCCAGUGCUGAUGAUCUUCAAGAUCAAACUGCUCCUCAUCACAAACAGCAGCACCAUUUAAGCUGGAAGAUUGCUCUUAAAAAGGCUAAAAGUUUACCUGAUCCUUGGGAAAAAUUUCAUAUUGAUGACUCAUGCCCUACAGAAGUUGCCAUGAGACAUCGAUACAAUGCACUGAAAAAAAACUGGGUACAGGAUGAAGUGAGAGUCAAAAUGGAAUUAUUGGUGAGUCUUGUUGAAUUUAAAUGAAUUAUUGUUUAUGUUGUUUAGUUCUCAGUUAUCUCCAAAUUGUUAUAUUUACAGCUAAUGGGCAAGAAAUCGGAAGCUUGCAUUGUACAUUUAGUUGUAACUCUAACACUGAGUAGUCCAAUGAAACCCAACAAAACUAUGACUCAAAGCACUUGUAGACUCAAACAACAACUCAACUGCUCAAGAGUAAUUGAACUACGAUGCAAAAAAUAUAUCACUUUGGAAGUUGCAAUUAAAUAUUCUGCUGAUUGUUUCAACUAAUUACAUUAAGUAAGAGAAGUGAAUCAUACCUGAAUUACCAGGCAACAGACAUAUUGAAUACUGAGACCUUUGAACCCCCCAGAAUAUUUGACACGGAAUAACCUCUUGAUUUUUAAGCUGACAUGUUCUUUUUGAAGUGAUGUAUUUACUCUCUUCCUGUAGCCAUUUGAUCAAGGAGCCAUGAGGGAGUGCUUUAGAUUGUAAGUACUGUUUGAUAAUUGUCAAUAAAACUUUGCAUUGCAGACUGAUUUCUGAUCUUUAUGUUUAAAAGGUAUCACAGACAUACUCUUCUAAUAGAAGAUAAGCAUGAUUUUUAAGAUAUCUGUACAUUGGAAAUUUGGCUGCAGUUAGAACUCCUGCAAAAAAAUCAAAUGAUAUCUGGUAUUUUUCCCAAUAGGAUGUCACCAAAAUUGCUGAAUGACAUAAAUACUAUAAAAAGAGGUUCAAAAUUUAACGAAGAGACAGGCUCGUAUUUUAUUCUAUUUUUUUUACCACCAUGCAAUGUUUGGUUAAUCCCUUAACUCACUAUCAUAGAACAGAUGACAAAUAGUAGAUUGUGGCAUUUGUGAUAGAAUGCUAGAUACUAAUAUACAUGCAUAACUGCAAGAGAACAAUUUUUCUAAAAACAAACCAGCAAAAUGCCACAUAUAGAAUUGAUCACAAAUGUCUUCUUUUUCUUUAGUAUUUACCAGAACAAUUUUGUUAGGACCAUGAAAACCGCAAAUAGCUUUGCAGUGGCUUUAUUGGUAGAAAAAAAAGAAGGGCGAAGGACUUAAAACUGAAUAAAUCUGUUUCAAAUUGGCUAAAUUAGGGCAGCUUUAAAUUGGUUUGAAAGGGGAACAGUUCAUGCCUAAUCUACAAAUGUUUUCCUGCAUAGAAGUACAUUGUAUUAUGUGAUGGAGUACAAAAAUUUUUUUUGGAUGUUUAAUAUUUUACACUUCUUCCCAUUUUACAAAGUAUAACCCUAAUACAUAAUUUUGUCUAUUUUACUGCCUUGCAGUAUUUUUAUGUGUUUUAAAAAUCAAGACUAGUUUCAUUUCUAUCCACUUCUAUAAAGAGUAUGUAAUCAGUCAAUUAGCUGAAAUAUUUUGAAGUCCUAUUAUGUUUUAACUAUUUCCUCCUCUAACAGGAAGAAGCUCUCCAAUUUCUCAAAGCACAUGAAUUGGAAGCAUGCAGCUAAUUAUGUUUGUAAAAGGUAUAUUGACGAAGUGAGCAGAAAAGUGUAUUUUGAUGAUGUUAGACUGCAAAUGGAUGCCAAGCUUUGGGGUGAAGAGUUUAACAGAUACAACCCACCAAAAAAGGUUUGGUGAAUAGUUAGAAUUACACUUUCAAUUUCUAUUUUUUACCUUUUGUUUAUUGUACGGACCUCAAACUCACUGUCGAAUACUGUAUCAGUGAAUGGGACACUGUCAUGUGGAAACUGAAUUUACUGUGUGCUAAAGCUUCUCAUUUGCAUUAUGAAUUUACUUUGCACUCAUUUAAAAUCAUCCCCUAUAACUAUCACCCAACAUGGAAUGUUAAGUCAUUUCUGGAUAUGGGAUGGGUGGAUGAUUAACCUUGAAAAGACAUGGGAAAGCUUUAAUUUCUUGGGACUCAAAACGUUGUUGGUUAGUGAGGUGUUUACAGAUUAUGGUAUAGUCUCCUUGUACUUCCAAUGUGUAGUAUGCUUGUAACACAGUAUAUAAACCUUGUAAUGGCUCAGCUCACUAUUCAACUUCUCUGUAGCUCAGUAAUAAAGCUUAUGAGGCACUCAGAUAAAUCUACUUUCAAGGGCAACAAACGGUCCUAUAUUUCAGUGUUUUAAGCCUUGUUUUUAAACCUUUUUGAUCUGCAAUUUGAACAUUCAUUUGCGAAAAAAACACCAUAUCAAUGAACUGUAUUCUGGAAUGAUUGAAACCUCCCCUUUUUUCAAAUACACAAAAUGAAAGACAGACUCUAUACUUUGAUAACUGGCUUCUCAAAUGUGUAUUUCUGCUCAGAGAUAGGUGACGUUCUGGAUGAAAAGAGAAGAAACAUAUGCUUUUGAAGAAUAAGUUAAAAAAUAGGGAAAUGAAAGGAAAGGAAAACUAGAACUUGCUCUUGCCUGGGGUAGAUCCCUUGACCUUUCGCUUGCAGGAAGAAGCACAAAUCAUUGCGCCAUGUAAGCAAAUGUAAUUUGAGAGAGAUGAUGUCCUUUCCCUGAGUGGAUCAAUAGUUUCAAAACCCCUUCAUAAUUCAUUUUCUGAGUUCAGUGGCUCACAGCCACUUUAACUUUCAUGUUUCUUCGCUUUGUUUGUAUGCGGGCAAUUUUUUAGGAUUCAACCUCAAUUUCAUCAAGGAAGUGGUAAUUUUGAUUUUAAUUGCACAAUUGUUACCUUUAUCCUUUAUCCUUUAUCACAGCAUUCAAUGACCUAUUUACUUUGUGCUGUGCCUUGUUGGGGUAGCAGUUUUUUGACGAAUUGGUAACAAGUCAUGGCUGCACCAAUGCUUUCAUAAGUCACAUCACCUCAUUGCUUCCAGCUACAUUGCCUUUAGCUCUGCUAAAUGAACCCUCCAUUAGUUAACUUUGUAUUUAAGGGGACCUUUUUAACUAAGAGCGGCACUUAAGAAAGUCCACUUAUAGAGGAAUGAACCUUGUAAGAGGACAUUUAAGACCCAGUGUAAACUCAGAGCACCGUAGACUCAUGUACCACAGUGGGUGCCUAUAUCUGUACAAGCGGUUGUAAAUAUUGGUCUGAGCUGCACAUGGUGUUGCAUAUGUAUAACCUGUGUCGCAGAUGUUGUUUGUUUUGGUUGUUUUUCAUUCCCCUUGCAGCAGGCACCCCCCAACAAAACUGCCAGCUAGGCACACUAGUUAUUAGGACCUCGCAUGUAAAAUUGCCUACUCAUUCCACAACAAAUCCCCAAGGAAGCUCGAAUUAACGCUUCCAUAGUGCCUAUUUAGGUCCAAGGUUUGAUUACUCAGGAGGACUCAGUUCUGUUUUUGUGUCAUGCCCAUGGCAAAACAAAUAACAUAUUUCAUUAUUCCACAACUAAGCUUAAAAUUUGCAAUCUUUUGUAUUUUAUAUUGUCAACACCCUGUUUCAAUCCAUUUUACCCCAACAAUUACAGCUGAAGGACUAGCCAGUUAAUGCACUGUCCUUUUUCCUUCUUUGCCCAAUAAUAGUUACCUUAAACUGUUGCUUUUUUUAUCAAUCUAGAACACUAAUUUUAUUGUUUUACCAACAGGUGGAUAUUUUCCAGGUUUGUGUAAUUGAACUGAAAGACAGAGAAGGAUCACCUUUAUUUCACUUAGAGCACUUUAUUGAAGGAAAGUAUAUAAAGUACAACUCAAACUCAGGUUACGUGCUGCAAGAUGAAACUCUCCGUUGCACUCCCCAGGUGAGCACAGGCCUAAGAUGUCCCAGUUGCUCUUUCAGUAAAUAUCAAUAAACUUCUGUUUAUGAACAACAACCAAAACUUGGGAGGGAAUGAAGGAAGGAAGGAAGAAAUGAUGGGAAGAACUUAAAAGAAAGGGAAGGGAGAGAUGGGUAGGUUCAGGAAAGGAAGGUGUGAAGGAAAGAAUAAUGGAUGGUAGAUGGAUGGAUAGUUUGCACUUGGAGAGUAAACAGUCAUAAAACUAGUCAAGAAUUCUGCAUAGAUGUGCAAUUUGUUUUCCCCUCAAACUCACAUGAUGUUUAUGAGACAUGACUAUCGUGGUGUCAUGUUUUGGGCUGUUCAAAAUGUUUCGAUCCGAGUAAUUAAGGCUAAUGGAACCUUUUUCUAGUCUGCCAUUUCAUCUCAGCCAAACCAAAUGGUACUUUUAUAUGCCAAUAUUGAUAUUCUUCCAUACAAUAUAUAUAGAUAAAUAUGAUAAUUUUAUCUAUAAUGGUAAUUGAACUUAGUGGAGUGCAAUGUGGUGUGAAAUUAUACGUUUGUUUGCGCAAGUUUCAUUUGAAAUCAAUAUUAUGAUUUCAGACCAAAAUUGCACGACAUGAAAUUUUAAUUACCACAGUAAUACGUCCAUUCGGAAAUUGCAAAACUCAGUGGCUCAAAUACAUGAUUUUUUAAUCUGUGCAGAUAUUUUAUUGAUCAAGUACUGUAGUGGUUUGUAAUUGUAGUGGUAGUGAUUUGUGUUUCAUAUUCCUUUAAUUUGAUUUGCUACUUUAAACAAGCCUUGAAAUUUGAUUGGUUGUUGUGUUUUGGUCUAGCCUCUCAUUUGCUGGGGAAAAAGAUGCGACUUUGAGAGCAAAAAAGUUGCAAUUCAUAAAUCAUCAGUGAUUUCAAAAUGGAUGUAAUAUACUUUUACAAUUGCACUUUCCAGCAUGGACGAUCGAACUGUGUUUAGUAGACAAAAAUGCAUUCAAGUUUUUCUUCUGAGGAAUCUUGUCAUACAGAAGGUCCCUAACUUAGGUUCUAAGGUUCUAAGGUUCCUAAGCGAUACAACUGACAUAAAGUUUUCAAUUCACAGGCAUUUAGCCAUUUUACAUUUGAGAGGUCUGGCCAUCAACUGAUUGUAGUUGACAUUCAAGGUGAGAUUCAUGUUUGUAGCCAGGAUCUGAACAAUUGAAGCGACUGAUGGUAGUAGAUGUCAGCUAAUUGAUUGAUAUUGGUGAUUGAUAGGCAAUCAAUCGCGCAGUUUUAACGAGUAUCAAUUGUCAUCGAUUGUCAAUUACAUCCGUUCGAUAAUGGAUUCUCAUCGAUUGACCAAAAUACAUUGACUGUCAUCAUCGAAGUCCUGUUUCGAUCUCUUUUCAUCCUACACACAGUAAUCUCGACUCCUGUCUUUCUCUUUCUUCUCUUUUUCUUCUCUUUCUCUUUCUUCUCUUUCAUUCUUCUCUCACAUAGCGAAAAAAAAAGAAAAAAAAACUUAACAUGUUAAAAAAUUCAUGUGAUGGUUACUGGCUAGCAAGUGUAACCAGCGGAGAAGGAGAGGUGAUAGUGGAAAACAGCGAAGGUUUUUUUUUUUCUGUCUCAAUUUCCGCUUGUGUUAAUUUUAAGUUUAAACAGCAAGGGUUUUUUUUUAUGAAUGAAUGAAUGUGUAUUUAUAUACCGCACAUAUCACAUACUGUCUCAAGGCGGUUUACAAUUCUAAUUGAGUGAGAUUGAACGUCAGCUUGUAAAGGCGCCUCUGGCUGCCGCUAUCAGUCCAUAUUUGAUCUCACUCACCCACCCAGCCCAUACAUGAAAUGUACAAUGAAACAACAGAUAGACCACCACACCGGGAACUACGCCCCCUACUCUUUUCGACAAGUGUGUGGGUUCUUUAACGUCCCCUGCUGACCAUGUAACACUGAAGAUGCAGGAGACGGGGCCUACGAUUUAUAGUCCUUAUCCGAGAAGACUUGAAUGUCUAACCAUUUGCUGGUACAAUUACAAAGGCAGCACAUUCUCCUCAGUUAUUUUAAGACCCUGAGUGUUGGUCCGGUCUGGGGCUCGAACCCUCGACCUCCCGCACAACAGACUGGCGCUCUACCAACUGAGCUAACCAGGCGGCGGUUGAGCUAACCAGGCGGCGAUUGAGCUAACCAGGCGGCGGUCUUUUAUCCUGUGCAAGCUUUCGCGUCCUUUAUGACGUUUUACUUAUCACGUUGUAGUAAUCAUACAGUGUAUCUUUAAAAACGUGGUUGUUCGCUCUAUCAUUUUUAAAUUUUUUGCUCACCGCUAUCACUUUAGGAGUUGGCGAUCUGUACACGGACCCUCAGAUUCAUACAUCAGAUGGAGAGGAUUACGGCGAAGCCAACUUGGGCCCAAGGGGGAUGGCACUGUUCUUCAGUUCUCAUAGAUGUAACAAGUAAGCUCAAGUCUGUAUUCAAUAAUAUUAUCACUGCUACUGUGCUUUAGUCACUUGCAUUGCAUGCUGGUGAACUUCAGGUGACUAGGUAAACUGGUCAUACGUCAUCUUAUGAAGCAUUCAAGAUUCGGAGGCUACUCUCCCGCUAUCUCUGUUUUAACGUUCAUGUUGUUGGGGUGGAGACACCUCUUGGACCCACUGUGUGUCGUAGUGACGAUUAAAGCGGGCGUUGUUGUGCCAGUGUUGUGUGCGUGCUCUGAUCAUGAAUGGCAGAGGUUUGCGUUCUAGCGAAUAGGAAGUCUCGGUCAUGCUCUUAGACAUUGUCUGGCAUAUCUCUUCUAGUCUCACUGAUGUAUAAUCUUAUUUCACUACAAUGACAAGGAAUUCUAAAGACCAUGUAUGUUAGCCGGGUGAGCAGUAUCCUUCGGCCGUUGUAGGUGUGUUGGUAAGCUUAAAUAGUCUCCGUCUUGACAAAAAUGCGUACGCCUUGUUGUUUAUAGGUAGCUGCUGCACAUUUUCAAUUUCUUAUUUCUUAUUACACCCCAAGCUCUGCACAACUGUGUAGACACUCCAGGCAUUCUAUAUGGCAGUAACUUAAUUUCUGUUCACAUUUUCAUAGAAUCUGUCAUAGCCUUGGACUUUCCCAGUUUGACCUCAGUAAAAAAGAAUUGGUUCGGAUUGACAAAACCCUGGAAAACAUCCAAGACUCCAGCACAAUUGUUAAAAGUAUUGACGAUUGCACAUCUCCUUGUUACCGCAAAAUUUCCUCAGCCAUAUUUGACAUGACGGAAUAUCUAGCCCAGUCUCCUCCUCUGUCUCCUGCUGGUUCGGAGCCAGAUUCCCCCAGGUGUUCACUGUCAUCAUGUAAUGAAUUAUCAAGAUAUUCUCGACAGAUAUCUGACCCAGAAUCGUCAUCAUCUGAGACUGAAAGUGAUCAAAGUGAUGUGUUCACUGAGAACGAGGUAACUACAUAUACAUAUACUCGUAUGUUUUUACCUUUCUUACUGUUAACAAAAUCUGGCGAAAUUUUUCAACAUUUCUCUUUUUGCUCUUUGCUCUUCAUUUGCGAAGGAGAGUUUGUAUUAUUCCGGUGUCCAUUCUCUGGUUUCAAAUUAUCAGUCAAUAAAAAUUAUGGCAGUAUUUGUUGGGUGGAAUUAGGAAGUAACUCUCAGUUCUUUGUUCUUUUUUUGUACAACAUUUCAAACUUGCUUGCAGGAUGAGAAUUUCCGCAAAUCAUUUGCUGAUAGUCUGGAACAUAAGGCAUCAAGUGUAUUUGCCGAGGUUAAACUGCUUGGUGAUGUUCGUCUGAAGCAUCAGAGAAGGUCACACAAGGGUGACUCUGUUCUCGGACAGGUCAGUAUUGACGUCGUACUUAUGUUUUUUUGCUGUACUUUAUCAGUUUGUUAUCAGCCACAGUGACAGCCCACCUACCAUCGUUUCAAUGCCUAUACAUCCUAGUCUGGGCUUUGAUCAUUCUUUUUAACUCUGUUUGUGCGCCUGAAUCCCAUACGUGGGGUUUCGGGAGAGAAAGACAAAUCUAAUGCGGUCCAUCAGACAAGAUCAAAGUUUCAGAUAAAUAAUUUUGGUUGAUUUCUGUAUCUGUCAUCGAUUAAAUUUCGUCAACGUAUUUGUUAGGAACGUACAUCCAAAGUGAACAAAACUUGACAAAUUACUAUUACAAGUAAAUAACCAAACUUUCACCUCACAUAUUUAGUCAGGAACUGAACUGGCAGAAUAUCUAAUCGAAUAUUCCCCAGCUAAAACUUGGAAAUAUCCGAGGAUAUGCUCCAAGUAAUAUUCCCAGAGGGAUAUUGGCCAAUUUUCAAACCGUGCGUCCACUACGACUAAAGUCUUUGUUUAAAGUUUUAUUUAAGAGGAGACAGCGUAGAGCUAUUGUUUCAGAAGAAGGAAGAUAUUUGUUCGUUCACAAAAUCGUACAAGGGAACAAUGAAAAGUAAAUAUCCCACGCAGCAAACUAUAAGCUGUUCGUUGACAUUUUCCCGCGUGUUGCGAAAAUAUUUGAAGGAAAGUAACCACAGUAGUCUCCAUUUGGCGCGAGAAUAUGUUCUUGUAUUGGUUCUUUUACAUCAUUUUCCUCGUAGCUUACAGUUUUCCUUGUGCUUUCCUCUCGGAAAACUGUUCAUUUCUCGGAACAGAUAAUGUCCGAGCAUAUUUUCGCACUAAAUGGAGGCUAUUGUUGACAUAGGUCACAUACGACAUCAAAAUGUGAAAAGGGCAAAAAGUGGCUGCGAGUUGCAGCCGACUGUUCUUACCACAGUUUGACUUCGUCUGUGAUCUAUAGAUGAAUUGGAGGUGACCAGUUUUGAUAAAGGUGAAAAGUGUUAAUAAAGGAUUAAAACAUGAGUGACAAAAAUCCAGAUAGCAGUCUACGAUGUGGCUGAGCCCCUGCAUCCUCAUUCCAUUCUCCUGGUCAAUUACAAAUGACUUGUUGCUAAGACGAAACUGAACGUAGCAGCUUGGCUGAGUGGUUAGUGUACAAUACGGUAUCCAACAAGUGAAUUCCCAAACUGUGUGUUUCAGUGGCAAUUCUUUCAUUAUGUUUUCUUUUUUUUUUUCUAUAGGUUCAUCUCGAAUUGGCUAAAUGUAACGAGAUCGGUCGUUUCACUAACAAUGAGCCCCAAAUGGAAUGUGCCAUGUUUCAUCUAGAGCAAGCUGCAGCUUGUGCUGUUUUACCGGCUUUAAUUGCAAUGGCUGAAAUCAAUUUACAGCUGCCACACGACAUAUUGCCUUCAGUGACUGUCCAGGUAGCUUCGAUGUGUUGAAUUGGAUAUUUAUUGGAAAAGCUGUAGUUUAUCAGUCGGAAGUAUCAUUACAGUAAUUGAAAUUCAUAGCAAACACCCUGUGCUACUGUUUAAAAUACUGUUUUACUUCUUUGUAUUCUUUGUUCUCUUACAGGAAUCUGAAGAUGCCAUGAACCGGGGGGUGUAUUACAUGUUGGAGGCAGCUCAUUUGGGAGACAGGCAAGCCAUGGUGUACAUGGCUAAGGCUUACGAAACUGGCUCAGGCCUAGGCUCGUUCAGGUACAUUUUUGCCUCUCAAGUCUCAUCAUAGGUAUACUGUUUAUCGGUGGAUAAAUUUUUAAUCAAAAUUUAGUAUUUGAAUAAAUAUUCAGCAAUCCAAGAUACAAUCUUUGGCCUUGAGGAAAAUAUUUUUGACACUGUUUUGUCAGGACCUAUAUAUAAUAAGUAGCGAGCUGUUGAAAUCAGAACCAUAUUGCUAGCCAUGUUGACACCCUUCUUCAAUAUUAAAGGUCAUAAACAAGGUGUUUAAAUUGAAUCACUCUAUGUUUAGGGAAUGCACGUGGGUGGAGGCAGCCAAAUGGUAUCAAAAUGCCAUUGACGUCGUGUACGAAAACGACGAUCCACAGAACACGCUAUUCACAGACCCUAACUACGUGCUGUAUGCCAAGCAAGCGUACUUGUACCAACACGGAGGUCACGGGCUUGAAAAGCACCCUCAGAUGGCCGGCGAACUCUAUUCGGCAGCUGGAGAUUUAGCACUUGCUGCCAUGAAGGGAAAACUAGCGAAUAAGUACUUUGCACUGGCUGAGGAGGCGUGGGCUGAAGAUGACGAAUAA